GGUUGGUUGGUAACCCGUGAUCUCGUCCACUCUCCGUACAAAAAGUCGCCCGCCCUCCAAGGUCCAAGCCGUGAUAGCAACGGCGUCUUUCUACUCCUUUCAUUUCAGCUCAGUUUUCCUCCCGGUGCUCCUCUCGAUCAUCUCCAUCGAAUCGUCUAUGGGGCCUAAGCAAGACUGGUCCAUGGCCAACGGCACGGCGGCGGCGAGGAAGGAGACCAAGGUGGUUCACUACAGGGAGUGCCAGCGCAACCACGCGGCGAGCUUCGGCGGGUACGCCGUGGACGGGUGCCGCGAGUUCAUGGCGUCGGGCGCGGAGGGCACGGCCGCGGCGCUCAUGUGCGCCGCCUGCGGGUGCCACCGCAGCUUCCACAGGCGCGAGGAGGAGGCCGAGUGCGACUGCUCCUCCACCGCCUCCGGCUGAGUCAGUGCUUGUGAGCUGACCGGUGAGCGAGGUGAGACCAUAGGGGCAUUGAAAUGAUUUGGUAGGUGCAUUCAGCCAUAUAUAUAUGCAUGGACCGAUAUUUAUUUUGUAUCUUUUUCCUCUUGGUCUUGGAUUCUCAGUGAAAUCUAUGUGUGAUGUAACAAUAAUAUUUGUGGAUCGUUCGUAUAUGAUGAGCAUAUAACUGGUUCGUGUCUGUGUAUAUAGUAGUACUGUGAUUGUAUGCCCUGUUAUUUCCUCAUAGAAAUAUAUGAACAUCUAAUAUUUUGUCGAUA